CCGGUCGGAGGAGAACCACGAGACACAAAGAAGAUGCGAGCAGAUAAGAUGUAGUCGGAGACACUGGUGAAGAAUGCUCAACUUCCGACUUUUAUUCAGCACGUUCAUAUUUACGACGUGUUACUGUAUCACGUACGGACAAAAUGAUAUUGCAACUAACGGACAAAAUUCCGUAAAGUCAACGAUACCCACAGAAAUGAAAAUAACAUCUUGGAACGACAUGCCGUUCUCCGGAUUAGUGAUGGAGAAUGGAACAUGGGUAGGAAAAGGCUAUGCGUUUUAUUUGCUCAAGCUGCUUAGUUCCAAAUUAAAUUUCACAUAUACGAUCAUACCUCCUGAGCAGCACGUGUUGGGCAACAGCAACGAAAGCGGAAUAUUAAAUUUACUUUACGAGAGGAAGGUAGAUAUGGCGGUGGCCUACUUGCCUAUUUUGCCGGAGAUGCAGAAGUAUUGCACGUUCAGUACAAUCCUGGAGCAAGGCGAGUUGACGGUAUUGAUGAAACGACCACAAGAAUCGGCAACCGGUUCGGGAUUGCUCGCACCAUUCAACAAAACCGUUUGGCUGUUUGUGCUAGCUGCAGUGAUCUCUGUAGGACCUGUAAUUUACACAUUUGCCACAUUCAGGGCAAAGUUGUGGAACAAACCCGACUCCGAAAAUUUCAGCUUAUUCUCUUGCGUAUGGUUUGUGUAUAGUUCUUUGUUAAAACAAGGAACCAAUAUAAUCGCGACAACAGACUCGACACGGAUUCUGAUCGCCAUGUGGUGGAUUUUCAUUUUAAUAUUGACGUCCUUUUACACGGCGAAUCUUACUGCGUUUCUUACGAGGCCACAGUUUACCUUGCCAAUCAACAACGUACAAGAUAUAUUGCGUAAAGGUUAUCAGUGGGUUACUUAUAAAGGGCGCACAAUAGACUUAGUGCUUUCUGAAUUCCACGAUGUUGAAGAUUUAAAUCUCUUAAACGUCACAAGAUGGAAGGACAAUUACAUAACGUCAUAUGAAUAUCCAGUUAACGAUAUUUUUAACGCUUUGGAGAAGAAUAAACUGUUCCUUGGAGAGACUCAUUACCUCAAAACUCUAAUAUUCGAGAAUUAUAUCAACAAAACUCGCCAACACUUGAACCAUCGGGACAGAUGUACAUAUGUUAUUAUGCCCAACACGAUUUAUUUGAUCAAUAAGGCAUUCGCCUUUCCCAUAAACUCUACUUUGAAGAAACUAUUUAAUAAAGAAUUGAUAACUUUAAUGGCAUCUGGUAUAAUGACGCGCGAGAAACUGAGAAAGCUACCAAUUGCGCAAGUAUGUCCGCUGGAUCUUCGAUCCACUGAAAGACAAUUGUCAAUUGCCGAUCUAUCUUUAACGUUUAAAGUGAUCCUCGCUGGAUAUAUGAUCGCAAUGAUAAUUUUCGUUCUCGAGAUAUUAAUUAAUUGGUUGGUGAAAUUUUACAAACGGCGAAAGAAGAUCGGCAGAAAAUCCGAUCGCACGUUCUUCUGCAAGUGGAAACGGAAAUCAAAUGAUUCUUUAAUCCCACAAUUGGUGUACACCACUAAGAAUCAGCUAUUCGAUAAACGGAACAUACAGCUGCCGUUUUCAAAUAUCCCGUAUGAUAUCGUUCAAGGAAAGAAAUAUUGUAUUAAUGGCCGUGAUUAUUACAUUGUAUUCGAUCGUUAUGGUGAUCAAAGAUUAAUACCUAUUCGCACACCAUCCGCAUUUCUAUUUCAAUACACAGCGUAA